AUGGCCAAAGGCGAUGCCCGCAUGGGCAAGAUCCUGGCAUCUUCAGCCACCGGAACAAGUUUCUUAAUUCUGAUACAAUUGGUAUCGAGAAUCCUCACCUUCGCCUCAAACCAACUGAUUCUGCGCACCCUCUCGCCAGUCGUAUUGGGAAUAGCAGCUCAGCUGGAGCUCUUCCAGGUUUCAAUCUUGUACUUUUCAAGAGAAAGUAUUCGGAUGGCAAUUCAGAGACAGCCAAUUUCCGAGAAAGAAAAGCAAGAUGCCGUCGAAACGCAAUCGGUGGCUUCUCAAGCAGUGGUCAAUGUUUCUUAUCUGAGCUUGGUCCUCGGCGUCCCUGCAAGUGUCAUGUUCACUAUGCUUUACCAGCGAGUUGUGCCAGAGGAAGCAUUCACGACGGCAUUCUUCAGCUACAGCGUCAUGAUCACUGGAGCGGCAUCCUUACUGGAGCUUAGCAUCGAGCCCUUUUUCGCAGUGGUGCAACAGCACAUGCUAUACGAGAAACGCGCCGCGGUGGAAAUGCCAGCAGCUUUUUUGAGGAGUGCCGUUACAUCUUCAAUCUUUAUAUAUGCUUCACGGGCGAAUUAUCAGCUUGGUGUACUCCCUUUCGCUCUCGGUCACCUCAGCUACUCAAUUGCCCUCCUUUGUGGCUAUUCGCUGGCUUUGCUAAGAGGACCCCGUAGAGGGUUUUCUUUUGUUCUGACCCGUGUGAAGUCCAGCGACCCGUCAGACUACUUCCUGGGUUUAUUCUCUCUGAAGGUGACCUCACUUGCUGCAAAUGUUUUCUUCCAGUCGCUAGUGAAGCACUUGUUGACUCAGGGCGACACCAUGAUGCUGGCUGCACUCACAGGGCUGGAAGACCAAGGCAUAUACUCCCUUGCGUCAAAUUACGGGGGUCUUGUUGCACGCAUUAUUUUCCAACCGCUCGAAGAAAGCAGCCGGAAUCUUUUCUCGGCUCUUCUGAGCCCUGACGAGAAAGGCAAGGUGAACGAGACUCACGUUCUCUCAACCAAAAGUCGUCUAAUAGACAUAUUACGUGCAUACCAGUUACUUGCGGUCCUGGCUUUCCCACUUGGCCCGUUGAUGGUCCCUCAGUUGUUGCAUAUUCUGGGUGGUCGCCAAUGGGCUUCCCCCAAGGUCGGAGAACUGCUCUCUGUCUAUUGCUAUUAUAUUCCAUUCCUGGCAUUCAAUGGUAUCACUGAAGCAUUUGUGUCCUCUGCAGCCAGCUCACAGCAGAUACGAACACAAACGGCAUGGAUGGGUGUCUUCUCUGCUUGUUAUGCAUUGGCUGCAUACACCUUCCUAGAGAUUGGGCACCUGGGUGCCUAUGGACUUGUUCUGGCUAAUAUCGUGAAUAUGAUUGUCCGAACGAUCUGGAGCUACAGAUUUAUCAGAACAUAUUUCCAACAAAAUGGAUGUAGCCUACUCACGAAUGAGGUGGCUAUUCGACCAGCCAGCUUCGUCCUUUGUGGUCUCACAAGCGUGUUCCUGAGUGAACAUGGAGUUGGGCGGGAUCUAGGUUUUAUUCGCGCUUGUGCUUUGGGUGGUGGCUACGGCCUUCUGAUGUGA